AUGGAGCCGCCCCCGACCUCCGCCCUCCCGCCCGCCUCCUCCGUCGCCGCCCCGGCCGCCUCCCUCGCGGCCCCGCCCCCAAUCCCCGCGACCGCGGUGGAGCACCCACCCCUCCGGAGCGGUGCGGAGGUAGCCGCAGUGGUCGCCGCCACCCACGUCGAUGCGAAACGGCGACGUGUUGGGCAGCACGUCGUCCAGCCGCAGCCCGCCACCGCCCCGGCCCCGCCCGUCGCCCCGCCGCCCACCACCAAGGGUCGUUGGAAGACGACGGUGCUUGGGCUGAAGAAGCCUGCGGGCGCCAAGCCCGCCGUCAAGAAGACCACCUCGCGGAAGAAUGCCGCGUCGGUGCCCACAAUCACCGACCCUCCACCCGCGUGCACGAGGUGCUCGAUGUAA